AUGGAUAAUGUUGGUGUUGUUGAAGGAGGAGGAGGCGUUGUGAUUACUGUUGAUGUUGUCGUUGUGGUUGGCUUGGGGAGGAGUGAUGUUGUUGAGAACUCUUGCUUGAGUGUCUUUGGCGGCGCUGGAGUCUGCCAGUUUGUUGUUGUUGAUGUUGGCGGCGGAGGUUGCGGUGGUCCUUUUGGAGGUGAUGGUUGCUUAACAGACAUCUCUGGUUUGAUCGAUAUGCUGACAAUUGGUUGUUGA